GCUGAGCCACUGGGGAAGCCUGGAGGGGGCUUCCGGGGAGCUUUAAAAGUAUUGUCAAUGUCCCUGCCCCUCUGCCUACCCAUUAAAUCUGUGGCUGGGGCCUGGCCUAGGUAUAUGAUUUUGUAAGUUCUGCAAGUAAUUCUGAGGGCAGCCUGGAUUUGAGAACCGAUAAAAUCCAACAUGUCUAUUUACAAAGGAUGAAACUGAGGCCCAGAGCGGGGUUCUCCCAAGUCUGUGCUUCUGUUGAGAAGCAGAAGUGGAGUUAGGACUGGGAACCGUUCAAGUCCAUACGGAGACCCUAUGUGGCCACAAGCACUACCGGGAAGCGCUGACUCUAAGCCUGAUUCCAGACAAGAAGCCAGAAACACCUGUGCCUGCUCCCCCUGCAGCCGCAAGAGGCUCAUUUGUCGGUCCGUACUCAGCCCUCAAACGCCAGUCUGAACACUAGGAAACUGAGUUCGUCUCCCCGGUGGCCCUUUCAGGGAUGCCGUUUGGAAUUUUAAAGACCCUCCGCUAGGGCAGGGAGCCGAUUUCCGGAGGCUGGUUCCCCCUGCCCCCGACUCUGGUCCCUCUCGGCAUGCCCAGUGGGUCCUGACCUCAGCUGGGGCUGCAUGUUCCCCGCGUCAGGUACAGGCCUCUCUCCUCUCAGCCACGUGGUCAGCUCCACAUGGUAGAUUUGUGGCCAAAGUGCACAGAGGUUGGACUUAGGUCCUGAGAACCUGGUUCGCGGAGGGCAAUGACUGGAUCCUAGAGGGAGCGGCGGUGGGGGGCGGGGAGGGGGCGUGGUCUGAGCCCGCCUGUCUGCCGAGGCGUGGGUGCUCAGUCGCUCAGAGUCAGUUGUGUCUGACUCUUUGUGACCCCAUGGACUGUAGCCCCCCAGGUUCCUCUGCCCAAGGCAGUUCUCCAGGCAAGAAUACUGGAGCGGGUUGCCAUGCCCUCCUGCAGGAGAUCUUCCUGACUGAGGGAUGGAACUCACAUCUCCUAUGUGUCCUGCAAUGGCAGGUGAGUUCUUUACCACUAGCGCCACCCGGGAAAAGCUCGGGAAUUUGGGAGGUCAGCAAAAGUGGCAGAGAUGCCGAGAUAUUCCUCCCUCUUCUCGGGGGAGCCAGGAACCAGCCUUUGAUCCCACCACACUGCCGGCUGCACUGGGCUGUACCCCUCAGGAGGGAGGGGACAUCUGGACCUGAGAGAUAGGACCUGACCUGACCCAGAGCCUGGCCUAAGGGGAGGGGAUUCCCCUUCCCGCGGUGUUGGAGGAGUUGUGUCAUCCGAUUCUCACAUUCCAUCUUGUUUGUUUAAUCUUGUCAGCAAUCCGUGCUAUUUGUCUGCUCACCUUCUCUGGUUUCCCACCCCUUGUGGGGCGCUCGUGUCCUCACUCAGAGCAGCUUCCUGUUGGCAUGAGGGGGAGACCCUGCCCGCAUAUGCUAGAGGCUCUGAGAUGGGGCAGCGGAGCCCAGCGCCUUCUCCACCCGUGCCCACACAGAAGACGUUGUCUGCGUGGGAAAACAGGAAGGCACCUAGUGGUCCCCGCCCGAGGCUGGGCCCCAGCCUGAGUUCAGGAAGCCCCACCUCCUUGCUCUGGUGUGUGAGGAGUGACCGAGCGUCUGGGCGGCCGAGCAGCUGUGGCUGAGUCACGUGGCCCUUCCUGGAGCCCACCCAGCCCCACAGACGAGGACUCAGCCAUGACUCACUGGUCCAGGUGUUGCCCGAGCCGGUGGCCCAGGACCCCAGGAGAGGCUGACCUCUACGGCCUUGGGAAAGGACCCAGCGCAGCAGCUGUCACAAUCGGCCAGAUUCCUGAGUCCCGCCCUGCAGCCGGCGACGCCCAGCCGGGGAGUCUCCAGAGGUGAGGCCGUUGUUUAAAAACUGGGAGCCAGGAGAGGAGACCCCCACGUUCAAGGGGAGCGUCUCAGAGAGGCGAUCUGGAGAAAGCACUGCGGCAGCACGGAGCAAGGUCUCUGGUGUCUUCCAGGUUUUGGCUACAGACGCGCCUGCUGUUCAGAAGUGUCCUAGGCCAAGGCCCUGAGUAAAGGCUUCUGAGAAAACUCGAGUCCAAACACAGUAAAGGGCUAGCACAACCUAGGGGUUUGCGUGGCUUCACCCAGGCUGCUUUGCUCUGCCCCAGGUGAGGUCCUGGGUGGGGAUCGCCUCGUCAAGUGAAGAUGAGGCCGCUCCUUCUCCUGUAUUUUGGCUUGCCCAGCCUCCUGUGUGCCCAGCAAGCCUGCUCCCGCGGGGCCUGCUAUCCACCCGUCGGGGACCUGCUCAUAGGGAGGACCCAGUUUCUCCGAGCUUCAUCCACCUGUGGCCUGACCAAGCCUGAGACCUACUGCACCGAGUAUGGCGAGUGGCAGAUGAAAUGCUGCAAGUGUGACUCCAGAUUGCCUCACAAUUACAACGGUCACCAAGUGGAGAAUGUGGUUUCAUCCUCGGGCCCCAUGCGCUGGUGGCAGUCACAGAAUGAUGUGAGCCCCGUCUUUCUGCAGCUGGACCUGGACAGGAAAUUCCAGCUUCAGGACAUCACGAUGGAUUUUAAGGGGCCCGUGCCUGCUGGCAUGCUGAUCGAGCGCUCCUCGGACUUCGGCAAGACCUGGCAGGUGUACCAGUACCUGGCUGCCGACUGCAGCUCCGCCUUCCCCUGGGUCCACCAGGGCCAACCCCAGAGCUGGCAGGAUGCUCGGUGCCAGCCUCUGCCCCAGAGGCCUAACAGGCGCCCGAAUGGGGCCAAGGUUCAGCUCAACCUUAUGGAUUUAGCCUCUGGGAUCCCAGCCACACAAAGUCAAAAAAUUCAAGAGCUGGGGGAGAUCACCAACUUGAGGGUUAACUUCACCAAGCUGGCGCCUGUGCCCCAGAGGGGCUACCACCCUCCCAGCGCCUACUACGCUGUGUCCCAGUUGCGUCUGCAAGGGAGCUGCCUCUGUCACGGCCAUGCGGACCGCUGCGCCCCCAGUUCCAGAACUCCUGCCAGCCCCUCCACCGCCGUGCAGGUCCACGAGGUCUGCGUCUGCCAGCACAACACCGCUGGCCCCAACUGUGAGCGUUGCGCGCCCUUCUACAACAACCGGCCCUGGAGACCCGCGGAAGACCAGGACCCCCACGAAUGCCAGAGGUGUGACUGCAACGGACACUCAGAGACAUGUCACUUUGACCCAGCCGUGUUUGCCGCCAGCCAGGGGGCACAUGGAGGUGUGUGUGACAGCUGCCGGGACCACACUGAGGGCAGGAACUGUGAACGGUGUCAGCUGCACUAUUUCCGGAACCGGCGUCCUGGGGCUCCCAUUCAGGAGACCUGCAUCCCCUGUGAGUGCGAUCCCGACGGGGCAGUGCCGGGAGCACCCUGUGACCCAGUGACUGGCCAGUGUGUGUGCAAGGAGCACGUGCAGGGGGAGCGCUGUGACCUGUGCAAGCCGGGGUUCACGGGGCUCACCUUCUCCAACCCUCAGGGCUGCCGCCGCUGUGACUGUAGCGUCCUGGGCGCCCGGCGGGACAUGCCGUGUGACGAGGAGACAGGGCGCUGCGUGUGUCUGCCCCACGUGGUGGGCCCCAAGUGUGACCAGUGUGCCCCCCACCACUGGAAGCUGGCCAGCGGCCGGGGCUGCGAGCCCUGUGCCUGCGACCCACACAACUCCCUCGGCCCCCAGUGCAACCAGUUCACAGGGCAGUGUGUCUGUCGGGAAGGGUUCGGGGGCCUGACCUGCCGCGCCGCAGCCAUCCGCCAGUGUCCCGACAGGACCUAUGGAGAGGCAGCCGCGGGAUGCCGAGCCUGUGACUGCGACUUCCGGGGCACUGAGGGGCCGGGCUGCGACAAGGCCUCGGGCCGCUGCCUCUGCCGCCCCGGCUUGACGGGGCCGCGCUGCGACCAGUGCCAGCGGGGCUACUGCGACCGCGCCCCGGUGUGCGUGGCCUGCCACCCCUGCUUCCAGACCUACGACGGCGGCCUCCGGGAGCGGGCCCUCCGCCUGGCCGGCCUCCGCAAUGCCUCCGCCGGCCUGUGGCCCCGGCCGGGCCUGGAGGACCGCGCCCUGGGCUCCCGGAUGCUGGACGCCAAGAGGAAGAUGGCGCAGAUCCAAGCCACCCUCGGCGACGCCUUGGUCACGGAGCAGGAGGUGGCCCAGGUGGCCAACGCCGUCUUCUCCAUCAGGCGGACACUUCAGGGCAUGCAGAUGGAUUUGCCCCUGGAGGAGGAGACCUUGUCCCUCCCAGGAGACCUGGGGAGCCUGGACAGGAGUUUCAAUCGCCUCCUCGUCAUGUAUCAGAGCAAGAGGGAGCAAUUUGAAAAGAUGAGCAGUGCUGACCCUUCAGGAGCCUUCCGCAUGCUGACUGCAGCCCACCAGCGGUCAUCCCAGGCCGCUCAGCAGGUCUCGGACAGCUCCCGCCGGUUGCUGCAGCUCAGGGACACCCGGAGACAGGCGGAGAGGCUGGAGCAGCAGGUGGCAGGGGGACCAGGAGCCGGUGGUCCUCAGCUCGCGGCCCUGAGGCUGCAGAUGGCCUCUGUGCCUGAUCUGACGCCCACCAUCAACCAGCUCUGUGGAGGCUCCAGGGAGAUGCCUUGCACCCCAGGGGGCUGCCCCGGGGAGCUCUGUCCCCGAGACAAUGGCACGGCCUGCGGCACCCGCUGCAGAGGCGCCCUCCCCAGGGCAGGUGGGGCCUUGCGGACGGCGGGGCAGGUGGCCGAGCAACUGCAGGGCUUCGGCGCCCAGCUCCAGCAGACCAGGCAGAUGAUCAGGGCAGCGGAGGAGGCUGCCUCGCAGGUCCAGUCGGACACUCAGCGCCUGGAGACGCAGGUGAGCACCAGCCGCUCCCAGAUGGAGGAGGACGUCAGACGCACGCGGCUCCUCAUCCGGCAGGUGCGGGACUUCCUCUCAGACCCCGACACCGACACGGCCACCAUCCAGGAGGUCAGCGAGGCCGUGCUGGCCCUGUGGCUGCCCACCGACUCGGCCACAGUCCUGCGGAAGAUGAACGAGAUCCAGGCCAUCGCGGCCAGGCUCCCCAACGUGGACCUGGUGCUGUCCCAGACCAAGCAGGACAUCGCUCGGGCUCGCAGGCUGCAGGCUGAGGCCGAGCAGGCCAGGAGCCGGGCCCACACAGUGGAGGGCCAGGUGGAGGACGUCCUGGGGGCCCUGCGGCAGGGCACGCUGGCUCUGCAGGAGGCCCAGGACACCAUGCGGGGCACCCGCCGCUCCCUGCGGCUCAUCCAGGACAGGGUUGCCGAGGUUCAGCAGGUACUAGGACCAGCAAAGAGACUGGUGACCAGCAUGUCGGAGCAGCUGGGGGGCUUCCGAGCACGGAUGGAGGAGCUUGGCCGCCGGGCCAGGCAGCAGCAGGCACAGGCAGCAAAGGCCCAGCAACUGGCAGAGGAGGCCAGCAAGCAGGCGCUGAGCGCCCAGGAGGGAUUUGAGAGAGUAAAGCAAAAAUAUGCUGAGUUGAAGGACCGGUUGGAUCAGAGCUCCAUGCUGGGAGAACAGGGCAGCCGAAUUCUGAGUGUCAAGACGGAGGCGGAGGAACUGUUUGGGGAGACCAUGGCGAUGAUGGACAGGAUGAGAGACAUGGAAUCAGAGCUGCUUCGGGGGAGCCAGGCCAUCGUGCUCCGCUCGGCGGACCUGACGGGGCUGGAGCAGCGCGUGGAGCAGAUUCGGAACCACAUCAACGGGCGCGUGCUCUACUACGCCACCUGCAAGUGAUGCGGGACCAGCCCGCCACCCCCAAGUCUGCCCUCUUGGCUCCUGGGCCCGGCUGGCUGGCCAUACGUUCCAGCUCCAGGGGACCCUUACGCAGCCUAAAGCACGGCCGGGACCACCCCUUCUGGGGUGCAGCUGAGCCUGGGCCGGUGGGACUGGGGGACGGCGACCGUGGAGGUGGGCCUGCAUCCCUGUGACCAGCAGCUCUCGAAUGCGGGGUGCUUGGCUGGGCAGUGUCUUUGCCUUCUUUCUCCACUGAGGCUGAAGGCCUGGGCCCACUCAGAGUUGUAACUAACAACGAUGCACAAGGGAAAAGUCCAAUAAAAAUCUCGGGAAAGGA